AGCGCACACAAGAGCAGCAAUCCAGCCGUGGCCGCUUCCGCAGAACAGCGCAGCUCGUUUGCGACUUCAUCAAGAGUGUUCGGCAGGAAGAGGCCAGGGCUAUGGGCGCUGGGCUCAGGGCACACUCAGAGGUCCUCAAAUAUGAGACCAGUGCCGCCCUGCUAGAUUUGCUUGUGGAGAACGGUGCUUCCAAGCCAGAGCAAGUGCCCGCCAUGGUGAGGUACAUCCACCAGUGGCUCCUGGCCAAUGAUUCCGCCGAGCACAGGCUGGACAAGACCCUGCUGAAUCUCACCAAAGCGCACCCAGAUGAUGCAGUAAUGACGCUCCUGCGUGUGGCCCCGUCCUGUGACAGAGCUGCUUGGACCAUGUGGAAAACCAUCAUGGGCUCAAGCAGGACUGCGGAGCUGGCACAGCUGGUACUCCUGGAUGUGCUGGGGAACUGGCCGGAGCACAGCACGUGCACCUCCGAUGGGGACAAAACGGGUGUCUUUGCCCUGGCUGCAACUCUGGUGAUGUGGAAGAUCCUCCAGGUGCCCUGUAUCCCCCAUAUAAUGAAGGUGUAUUUCCCAUGCCUGUUUGUGCACCUGCUCUUCCAAGUGUUCUUCAGCAUUCUGGAUAUGCCAGAGGAGGUGGAUACCUUCUGGAAUGGAUGCCAGGAAGAACACGGCAUUGCCACCAGCCCCAACAGAGAAAUUCGCCAGUCAUCCAUACACAUUUUUUGUGGGAUUGCAUUCUACCUGCUCAGCCUGCUCAGCAAAGAGAUGCCGUACUGGGAUUUCCCUGCCCUGGCAUUCCUUGUGGAGGUCCUCGAGUGCCUGGACUUGAGGGAAUGCAGUGACAGCGUUCUGGAGAUCAUGUCAAAGAACCUGCGGAGCGAGGAUGGGGAGAGACGUCACUUGGCACUCCGAGGCCUCGUGGUGCUGGGCAAGAAUCCCUUGAUGCUGCCCGAGUGCUUCGGGACAGGCUUUGGCCUCUAG